CAUGCUCAUAUCUUUUCCUGUGGUAUCUAAUUCCAAGUUCCCGAACAACAUCAUCUUUUAAUGCUCUUGAAGUUUGGAAACUGUGGAUCACUGGAGCAACAUGGGUUUGCAAGGAACAAGAUUUGGACCAUUGAUGAUGAUCCUCCACCUCUUCAUCCUGCUGAGUACAUUGGCAAGUCUGCUAUAGACUUGCUACUGAAACCAUCUGAAGAGGAUAUGAAGUGCUGGCCCCACUGUUUUGAGUUCCAUCUUAGAGUGGCUCUUGCGUUGAAUGGAGAUCUCACCAUGAUAUUGCGGAUUAGGAACCUUGACAGCAAACCAUUUAGUUUCUCUUUUGCUUUCCACACAUAUUUCUCUGUUUCUGACAUCAAUGAAGGGAGGAUAGAAGGGCUGGAGACACUUGAUUAUCUGGACAGCCUUUGCCAACGAGAACGCUUCACUGAACAAGGAGAUGCCAUAACAUUUGAGUCUGAGGUGGAUCGCGUUUAUCUUAGCUCUCCAAAUGUAAUUGCAGUCCUUGACCACGAAAAGAAGCGGACGUUUGUUAUAAGAAAAAAGGGGCUUCCCGAUGUUGGAAUUUCAAUGGGAGCUGUUGCUGGAAUCUCUGUUGCAGUGGUUGCCAUUAUACUGUUUCUAGUUUUGUCUAUACAUUGGUGCAUCUAGAAGAAAUAAACUGAAGAAGGCAUCAUUGCUUCGACCACCUUUCGAAGAUAAGUCUAUUCACCAUGGAUAAGGUAAAUCUCUUGGUUAGGCAUUAAUCUCUACAUUUUCCUUUUAGGAAUGCUCCUUCAAGGUUCCACCGAGGCCAUGGUAAUCUGAAAGUGAUUCAUGUUAGGAAAGAUUAAAUAGGUAGUUUGUCGCUCCCAAGUUAUU